GUGUGGUCGUAGAGGGGCGCUACUGGCACACAGUCUCAUUGUAAACACAUUGGAUCGCAUUUUAGAUUUUUUUUUACGUAUGUCGCUGCGCCACAAUUACAGGUCAUGACAAUCAUUGAUAGAGAACGGACUUAAAAUAGUCUUUAUCGCUUCAUGUUUCAUACGGACUGUCUCUGACGCCUGCCUGGGGUAUCAAAACAUGGAGCCAGUGUGCCAGUGUCUGCACUUACCAUGCUAACAUUAGCACGGCUAGCAGUGUGUAAACGUUUGGUGGUAAAGAGGAAGCUCAGUUGAGACACGUUAUCAUCUUGUUGUUUCGACAUUUGUGGCACGGUUUUAGUUUCGUCUGUGUUUCUGGUGUUAGCAGAAAGUCGUCGGUUACUGUAAACAUUGCGCUGCCUUGUUAGCUUGUAAGUUAGCAGCCGCUGUUAUUGUUGGUUAAAGGUGGCACGGCCAAGCUAGCCAAAUCGCUGUCCCAAGUAACUGUUGCUGGAUGGGGUGGAGUUUUUAUUAGUGCUGCCGAACAGGCUAGAAUAACUUUAGGUAUCAGUCGCCGGUUUAAGGAGACGUUGUCAGAGAAAAUGGUCUUAAGGAGUUGCUGGAAAUCUCGGCAUAAAAGCAGGUCAGGCGCUGCUGAUUGUUUGCUGCGGCCAGGAUGGACGGUCCUGCUGUGGUUGUGUGUGACUCUGGUAGCUUGUGCCAGUGGGGUGGUAGGGGAAACCAAAAAUGUGGUUCAGAAAGAUGCGGAAUUCGAUGUCACCUACAAUGACACGGUUACAAGUGAAAACCAGACCAUCUAUGCUUUCAACCACACUGUGUCCAGGAAUAAGACAGAGGGAGUUCGUGUGUCCGUGGAUGUGUCAUCACAGGGCUCCGAGAGUCCUAUCUUGUUUGUGGUACGACAGAAGCAGGCUGUGCUGUCUUUUCAAGUUCCUCUGAUCCUGAGAGGCCUAUAUCAGAGGAAAUACCCUUACAAUCAUUUGGGCCGAACAUUGUGCCAACCUCCAACCCGGGCUGCAUCUGAGACCCAGUACUUCUUUGUGGAUGUGUCGACUUUAUCUAGUCAGGGUACAAACUACCAGCUCAGGGUUAGCCGUGUUGAAAGCUUCACUCUACAGACAGACAAGAAAUUCAGCUUUACUGCUUCUCCAUCUCAGCCUCAGUACUUUAAGUACGACUUUCCAGAUGGAGUGGACACUGUGAUCGUCAAGGUCAGCUCUGACACGAACUUCCCUUGCUCCGUUAUGUCCAUUCAGGACAUCCAGUGCCCAGUCUAUGAUCUUGACAACAAUGUGGCCUUUAUUGGGAUGUACCAGACUAUGACCAAGAAAGGUGCUAUCACUGUGCAGAGAAAAGAUUUUCCCAGCUACAGUUUCUAUGUGGUAGUAGUGGUGAAAACGGAGGACGAGGCCUGUGGCGGUCCCCUGCCCUACUACCCUUUGCGUCCAGAUGAGCUCACUGACGCUGGGAACCGCAGCAAGGUCCUGGACGUCGUGGUUUCUCCUGCUAUCAACUCUGAGGUCUAUGUCAUGGGAAUGCUCUUUUGUCUGGGGAUCUUCCUAUCCUUCUACCUUCUCACCUUGUUAGUGGCCUGUCUAGAGAACAAACGAAUGGGUAAAAGGAGAGAGUUGUUUCAGAAUCCUGCUGACAUGUCACCCGCUGAGACAGCCUCUCUGCUCGGGAAGAACGGAGAUGAUGCUGUUGCAUUCAUGGGUAUUACAGGCAAGACUCCAGCAUCGCCAUAUGAAUAUGGAUCUUUUGCUGACAACUGCAGUACACUCAGUUCAGAGGCCAUCACUGACAGCGCCACAUCAACUGACAACAACUACGGAUACAUGGAGCGAACGUUAGACAGCGUCGGGCGAAGCAGGCAGGAGUCUCUGAGCUCUGUGGAAGAGGACGACUACGACACGCUGGAUGAUAUUGACUCAGACAAAAAUAUUGUCCGUACCAAGAAAUUCCUGUGUGUAUCUGACUUGGCCCGCAAAGAUAAGAGGAUCCUCAGCAAGAAAUAUCAAAUCUACUUCUGGAACAUUGCCACUAUUGCUGUGUUUUAUGCGCUGCCUGUCAUCCAGCUGGUCAUCACCUAUCAGACGGUUGUCAAUGUUACGGGAAACCAGGACAUCUGCUACUACAAUUUCCUGUGUGCCCACCCACUGGGAGCUCUAAGUGCAUUUAACAACAUCCUCAGUAAUCUUGGUUACGUGAUGUUGGGACUCCUCUUCCUCCUCAUUGUCCUCAAGAGAGAUAUCGUCCACAAUCGAGCGCUGGUCCGGAACGAUGUCAACGCGCUGGAGUGUGGUAUCCCAAAGCAUUUUGGUCUGUUUUACGCCAUGGGAACCGCUCUUAUGAUGGAGGGCCUGCUCAGCGCCUGCUACCACGUCUGUCCCAACUACACCAACUUUCAGUUUGACACCUCCUUCAUGUACAUGAUUGCUGGACUCUGUAUGUUGAAGCUGUAUCAGAAGCGACACCCAGACAUCAAUGCGAGUGCGUACACUGCCUACGCCUGCCUGGCAGCCGUCAUCUUCUUUUCUGUGUUAGGAGUGGUGUUUGGGAAAGGAAACAUGGUGUUUUGGAUCGUUUUCUCAGUCAUCCACAUUCUGGCAACCCUCCUCCUCAGCACUCAGCUUUACUACAUGGGCCGAUGGAGGCUCGACUCUGGAGUCCUGCGCAGGAUUGUGUACGUCAUCUACACAGAUUGCAUUAGACAGUGCAGCGGACCUAUGUAUAUUGACCGUAUGGUUCUGCUCGUAAUGGGAAACAUAGUCAACUGGUCUCUAGCCGCCUACGGACUCAUCAAGACACCAAAUGACUUUGCUUCCUACCUGCUGGCCAUCGCCAUCUGUAACCUGCUGCUCUACUUUGCCUUUUACAUCAUCAUGAAACUAAGGAGUGGAGAGAGGAUCCAGUGUCUGGCACUGGUCUGCAUUCUUUUCACAGCCGUGGUGUGGGGCUUUGCACUGUAUUUCUUCUUCCAAGGUCUUAGUACCUGGCAGAAAACUCCAGCAGAGUCUCGUGAACACAACAGGGACUGUAUCCUGCUUUCGUUCUUUGACGACCAUGACAUUUGGCACUUCCUGUCCUCCAUCGCCAUGUUUGGAUCCUUCCUGGUCCUUCUGACAAUGGACGACGACCUCGACACCGUCCAGAGAGACAAGAUCUUCGUCUUCUAGAGCUCCCAGAUCUUCUGUGACCGGCUCUGCCCUCUCUGCCUUAUCGCCCUUCUCUGUCGUUUCCCGUCUCCUUCGUGUUUCCGAAAGCACAGCCAGUAGCCUGUUUUCCAGCCGUUCGGGGGACGGCCAGAGGUCCUCCCCUCCACCCGUACGGACACGAAUGUGCCAAUCGAGUCGGAUCAAAGCCGAGUGAUGCUGAAAGUGUUUGUCCUCUUGCUGCCAUCAUCAUUAUAACUGUUGUGAUUGAUGUUUACUUACAGCAGUCAACGGAGAUAACAAUGUACACUCUUGCUAAAAAAUACUGAAUUAACUUAUUUUAUACUGGCUGCAUUUCCGAAAAGUCUGCAAGGCAUUUUCAGAUUACUAUUUGUAUGCUGUUUAUAUGCUGUGUGCGUGUUUGUAUCGGAAUGUGUGUGUGUGUGUGUGUGUGUUUUGAAACGUAAGUGUGUGAACAGGAAUCCUGUCCAGUCUGUCUGUGGCCUUCAAUGUUCUAAUCAUCUUAAGUCAUACUGUACUCUGAUUGGUCAGAUCCUCAACCUAGCCGUCCUCCUUAUUGGAGAAUAUUGAUGAUGAUGAUGAUUGUAUUCUUCUUAACUGCCCUCAAGUCUGACUGUGAUGGUAUUCUUUGCACUGUACUGUAUGAAAAAACAGACUUAAAUGUCAUUACAACGGUUACUGAAUAAAGGUCUCAUUUUCAGAUA